GAAAGCACGGAGUUCCGACGAAUGCUCGCAUCGUACUUUAACGCGGAGCGCGAUUUUAUAGAUCUUGAUGUCAUUGUCGCGGACAGUUUCAACCCUCCACCAAAUGAUACGUAGUAUAUCAGACACGACCCAAGACCAGUGCCACUAUGCACGCCGGGAUUCGCCAUGUAUAGACUGCAAAUACGGUUAGGCUGCCUUCGGUACGCAAAAUCAUCGAGUAAGCGUAUGCAACUCUAUCGAAAUGUCAAGAUGCAAGUUUGCAACAGUUGCAGCCAGGAAUGGCUCUAUCCAGACUGGUACUUCUGGUAGCUAUCCAAGGUGUGAUAUUGCCCAGUCUUCAGAACCCUAUAUAGAUAUGACGCUGAUGAGUGCCAAUAAGGUUGGAAAACUGAAAGCUAAGACCCUUUGCACGAACCGCAGACGGGUCCAGAAUCUCCACAGACACGCAAUGACAGGGCACUUAGACCCUCUUAAAUCAGAGAUACGACACCCGCAAAAUCUAGGUUUGUCGGUUCAUUGCCACGGGAACCGGUAUUCGCAAUUCCGCCAGGCCGCUAUGUCAGGAAUUGGAAAAAGAGCCGAGUAAGGGAUGAUCGCUCUGGUCGAGGCUUGCCGGAACCCUUCACCCCUGGUCUUCCGUACCUUGUACACGCGCGGACAGCAAGGGUUUGUGCGCAAACUGAUCAGUCGAAAGAUCGCGGGACGACUCUAUGCCCGGCCGGCCGCAAGCUCCUCAUAUAGGCAAUGACCAGGGGGGUGGUCAGCGAAGCACCGGGCCCAAAUGCGAUAUCCCCAACAGAGUC